UUCUCACUAAUGUCUGUGUUCAUUCUGGGCGUGGCUGCGGCUGCCGCCAUUGAGCUGAGUCCCAUUUACCAUGCGCCACAGGCACAUCUGGUGAAGCCACUGCUGAAGACCAUCGAGGUGGAGGCACCAGCCCAUUAUGAUUUCAGCUACUCCGUGCGCGAUGACCACACCGGCGACAUUAAGAGCCAGACGGAGACACGCAAGGGCGACCAGGUCCAGGGACAGUAUUCGCUGAUUGAUGCCGAUGGCUAUCAGCGCAUCGUGGAUUACACAUCCGAUGCCCAUAACGGUUUCAAUGCCGUCGUCCGCCGUGAGCCCCUUGGCCACAAGGUGAUCAAGGCUGCCCCACUGCCAUUGGCAUAUGCGGCACCCAAACUUCUCGCAGCUCCCAAACUCUCAUUGGGCCUGUACCACUAG